CAGCUUGUUACAAAACAUGGUCACAAAUUAGAGCUGGGAGAUAACGAAAGACUAGGUAAAGAGCCAUUGGUACAGGUUCUUGUGCGCAUUCAGCCAACUUCGGCCAACAAAUUUGAUAUAGAGGGAGUGGAGACAGUGAAGGUAUUGGUAGGAUCCACUGCAGUAAGGAAAGAGGGAGAGGGGGUGAAGGAGGAUGAAGGAGAAGAGGAGGAGGAGGGGGUGGAAGAAGAAGAGGAAGAUGGAGAAAGAGGUGGAGAAGGGAAAGAAGUGGAAGAAGAAGAAGAUGCACAGGAAGAGGAAAAACAUGAAGGGAGAGAAAAAAGAAAUGAAAGUGGAGGUCAAAGAAGAAACCAAGAACUGGACGAAGAAGAAGAAGAGGAAGGGGGAGGAGUGGAAUUGGGAGGAAGUGCCGUAGAGGAGGAGAAGAAGAUAGAAUUGGAGGGCACCAGGAUACAGAUGGAUACAGCGACGGAAAUGAGUAGUGACAAGAUAAAGGCGACGAAGAGGUGGCAAAACUUAUGGGGAAGGCACUGUUCUGGAUUAGGACCCGAAGUGCACCAACAGUAUUGGAGGGAGCUUUUGACGAGAUUACUUAUGGUUCGUAAAGGUGGUGAGAGUUGUGGUGGUGGCGAGAAACCGGCGGAGGCUAUGUUUAAGAGUACUGAGUUUCAUUCAACGAUGGGACCUUGGGCACAGUGGAUCUACAUUGCGGAAGUCAAUCCCCAGGUAAGUCAACACACACGUAGGUCACAUGGCUAUUGCCCCUCUGACCUCAACAUGGUGGCAUGGUGA